UAUAUAUAUCAUGUAUUUGUAUAUCUGGAGAGCGAGAUUAAGAGAGAGAGAGGGAGAGAGGAGAGCGAAAUUGAGAGAGAGGGCAUAUAGUGGAGGGAUGUUAAUUAUAUUUAUAUAUAUGUCAUAUAAUUUUUUUUUGUGUACAUAUAUAUAUAUGUAUAAAGAGGACUUGUAAUUACAUCUAAAAUUAAGAUGCAAGCCAUAAUUGAUUUAAGAUGUAACUAUAUUAACUAAUUAAAUAAUAUAUAUUUAUUUAUCCGCGAAAUGUUCUCAUUUUUUUAAUAAAAAUCAAUUUAAUAACUAAUAUACAUCAUAACCAUUUAACUCAAAGCCCAUGUCUUAUACCCAAUUUAAUACCUGGUUAAAAAAGGUUCAAAAUGCAUCCAAUUCAUGGUUGGACAUAAAUACUGCAAAAUCAAAAUAUCGAAUCGAACUAAUUAUUUUUUGUAUUUCAGUUUCAGUAUUUUUAUAUAAAUUUAUAAUUUUUUGAUAUUUUGAUUCGAUUCUCGUUAUGUUACUUUUGUAUUAUUCGGUAUUUCAGUUUACUGAAAUAUAUAAUAUUAUAAUCAUAAUAUAUAUUAAUAUUAUAUGAAUUAUUAAUAUUAAUUAUUAAAUAAUAAAUAUCAGUAUACGCACAAUUGAAUUAGGUCAUUGAAUAACCCACACUUCUCUUUUAACUUGAAUUUCAUUCUUCUUCGGCGCAGCUUUCAGUGACCCGCUUUCCCACUUCCACUUCCGGCGUCAUCGCAUCGACCAACGACCGGCUGACUAGCAGCCAACCAGCAGAAGCCGCCAGCCAAUCAGCAGAAGCCUCCAACCGACCAGCAGCCGCCGCCAGCCUACCAUUAGAGCAGCACUCCAUCAGGUAGUGCGGCAUCUUAGAACAACAGGUAGAGAAGAAGAUCGGAAGCCAACUCUCUUUCCGUUGACAACAACCUCCGUUUUGUUAGUGAUGCUUAUUCACGAUUGACUACACUCGUGUAAAAUAAAUCAAACUGAGGAAAUAAUAUAAACUGAAUCGAAAUAAUAAAAAUUAAACCAAAUUAAAUUAUUUUGAUUCGGUGUUUGCUGUACAUAUACAUUAAUCAAAAUAAUUAAAAUUCAACCGACUUAUCGAAUGUCCAACCCAAUGUUAAAUAUGGAUUUUUUCUUUUGCCUCAAAAAUAUAUGUCUGCGCUUACAUGCAUUAUAACUCGCAGAUUUAAAAAUAUAUAUGUGUGCUAAUCAGUGAAAUAUAUCUUAAUUAACCGUUAAUUAUAAAAUGUAUGUGUCUAUCAUGAUGGAAUUAAAGUGGAAAAUAAAUAACUUAACAUAAAUCAGACACAUAAGAUUUGUAUUUAAAAAAUUUCAACUCAAUUCUAUUUCACUCAAAACAGAGCAAAGAUUUUAAUUGCGACCAAGUAAUCUAGGAAUUAUUAAUUCCUUCCCCCUUACAGUAACAACUUUGUUACCUAAUGAGACGACUUAGCAACACCAUUUCUUUCCACUUCACCAAUUAACUCUAGCUGAUAUAGAUUUUACGAUCCCAACAUAGUCAAUUAUAGCUAAACUUUGAAAUAAUAAUCACGAAUUUGACACUAAUCUAUACCCUUUAUAGCUUAGGAAUAGAUUUUACGAGAACGAGCACUGAAAUAUAAAUUCUAACACUUAAAAAUAAUGAUACCUCUAUCAGGUCGCUUGUUGUUUUUUUGAGUAAUAUUUCUGAUUUGCAAAAACUUCUUUGCCAAUUUAUAUAUCCAAACACUAUUUCCCUUCUCUUUUUUUUUUGGAAAAUGUAAAAUUGGGAAAUAGUGUAAUAUUUAGAAGUUUUGGGGGCAAAGUGAAAUAUAACAGCACAUGAAAGCGGUCUCCUAAAAUUCAAAUUAGGGUGUGUGUUGAAUACCAAUCUUUGCUCUCCAAUGUCUGUAAUGUACAAUGAACUCUUCUCUUCUCUGAUUUCCGACAUCAAAUCCUACAACGGCAAAGACCCUCUUCUCCCUUGGCUCCGAGGAAUUAAGAAGAUGAAAGAGUCACUUCCUCCGCAGCUGCUUAAGGAGAAACUCCCAAGAUUUCUUCAGAAAUGUGCACAGACUUUUGGGACCGAUCGCCGUUAUGCUAAUGAUAUGCGUUAUCUUCGAGUCUGGUUACAACUGAUGGACUAUGUGCAUGACCCAAAAUCGGUACUUAAAACGAUGGAGUUGAAUCGUAUAGGGAUGAAAAAGUCUCUGUUUUACCAAGCAUAUGCUCUUUAUUAUGAAAAGAUUAAAAAGUUUGAGGCUGCCGAGAAGAUGUACCAAUUGGGUGUACAGAAGCUUGCCGAGCCACUUGAUGAGUUACAUACAUCAUAUGAGCAGUUCCUUCAUCGCAUGGAGCAGCGUAAGAAUAAGAGGAUACAGCACCAAGAAGGAAAAAAUAAAAUAUGUUCUCUUGGUGCUAAAAACACUACUUUGAAGAACAAUGAGAUCAAGGAAAACAAUGAGAAUUUAAGUGGAAAUGAAGACAAUCCUGUCAUCACUGAGGAUCAGUUACCCAAUGCACGAUCCAAGCAUUUAAAUAUGAAAAAUGAAGUUGCCAUUUCACAGGGCUCCAGGAGAGAGUCACAAGUGAAUGAAACUACUCAUGGUGGUCCAGCCCUUCAGAAGGAACUCUGGAGUGAUCUCAGUCAAAAAAAUUAUGUUGGAGACACUAUAGAAACAGAUAGAUGCCGAAAUUUUAUUGGUGAAGACACAGUUGUAGUUAAAUUUGUAGGUAAUGCCAUUGUUGGGAAGUCUGAUGUCGAAGAUGCACGACAUCAUGGUCUGGUGGAACCUACCAUUAAUACAAAGGAGGCCAUGCAUGCAAUUAAUAGCAUGUUUCGAGAGCCAUUAGAGCCAUCUCUAGCUGGAAAGCAUUCACGUAGAAAUCAGCCAAAAGUUGAUCAGAUAUCAAACAAUGGUUUUGAGGUAUUUGUCGACGAAAACACUGAUUCUGCUGUUGGAUCUUCUGAUCAAGCCAUGACAAAUGGUGCAUCGCUGACACAAAGCACAAGAGUUGAGACUCAAGAGCCCAUGCAGGAUCCAUUUCAAAUAUAUAUUGAUGAUGACGACUCCAAUGAUGGGAUGGAGGGAGUACAUGAGGUGAAUAAAUUAGAUAUGGGUAACCUUCAUUUGACUGGAUGUUCUAUUGAAGGUGGAAUCGUUAAGGGUUUUGUGUUUCCUAGUCCAACUGAUAUUACCUCAGAAUACUCUAGAGAUCCAAAUGUUGAAAGGCCUCCUCAAGGAAGACUCCGUAGGGAGGACACAGUUGUAUACAAAUUUGUUGGUUCCACCAUUUCAGAAGAAUCAGCCGUUGAAAAUGUUUGCCAUCAUGGCCUUGUAGAACCAACAAUUAACUUGAAAGAGGCUAUGGAUGAUAUUAAUAGCAUGUUUGGAAGGCCAAUUGAGUUUACAAGGAAAAGCAAACCAAAGAAACAGGGAUUAGCACCUAAGAUGGAGAGAGAUGGCAGUAGGUUCUUGAUACUUCCAGAUGAUGAGUCACACCAUCAACCUAAGAGUUCCCUGCCAACUUCGUCGUCAAAAAGGGAUAAUGACUUGUUUGAGAAAACCGUGUGCACAAAGGAGGCUAUGGAUGAGAUAAAUAAAAUGUUUGCGAUGCCAUUGGAUUUCUAAUAUGCUGAUAACACUAACUUUAGCUCCUGCAAUGGGCUUAGCUUUUGACAGAGACCAUGAUCCAUAGUUAUCACAGCUCUGGCAAUAGACCAUGCCUUCAACCACCACUUUGUCAGUCUUCUCUACUGACUUAGUUGGCACUUUGUCAUAGGCAUUUAUCAGUGGAACAGCUAAUGCAAGGAGCAACGAAACGAUCAGGACAAGUUGGCUGCUUGCCAUCUUCUUGAAAAGAUAUUGUGAGUUUUUUGGAAUGUGAUUCUGCUUUGAUGUUAAGUUCAUUUGAGUUAGGUUCCUUUAUAUAGUUUUUGGAAUGGGUACUGUUGUCAAGAACGUGAAUGUUGCUAAACCACAUUUGUUGUUGAGUGAGUAUUGAUCCUCAA